CGCUGCUGCUCCGGCCCGGGCUGGCUCCCCGGCGUGUCCCGGGCUCAUUCCCGGUGUGUUCCGGGCUCAUUCCCGGUGUUUCCCGGGAUCCUGCCCGGGUGUGUCCCGGGCUCGCUCCCCGGCGUGUCCCGGGCUCGCUCCCCGGUGUGUCCCGGGCUCGCUCCCCGGUGUGCCCCGGUCUCAUUCCCGGCUGUGCCCCGGGGUCCCGCCCGGCCCCAGCGAUGCUCUGUGCCCCUGCCCGGUACCUGGUGUUCUUUCAGUACUUUGGCACCAGGUACAGUGGGGUUAUGGAGACCAAGAGUGAUCAGGCCCUGGUUGGAGUCCAGAAUUAUUUGGAGGAGGCAGCCCAGAAGCUGAAGCCCAGCGCUCCCAUCAAGUUCCACAUCUCCAGCCGCACGGACACCGGCGUCCACGCGCUGGCCAACGCCGCCCACCUGGACAUCCAGAGGGCUCCAGGGAAGGCAGCUUUCACUGGCCAGCAGCUUGUGCAGGGGCUGAACCACCACCUCAGGCCCGAGCCCAUCCGCAUCCUCAGUGCCCAGCGAGUGCCCAGCACCUUCCACGCCCGCUUCUGUGCCCUCUCCAGGACCUACAUCUACCGCCUGCUGCUGGGCUGUGCCCACCAGUCCCAAAUCCCCGUGUUCGAGCGGGAUCUGUGCUGGGCUCCUGCGGGAGGCCCCCUGAACAUCCCUGCCAUGAGGGAAGCAGCAGAAUUCCUGCUGGGAACUCACGACUUCAGCACCUUCCGCUCGCUCAACUCCGAGAACGCCUCCCAGAGCCCCGUCAGGACGCUGCUGCAGCUGGAAAUCCGACCUGCUCCCGGAUUCCUGUCCCACCACUACGAGCACAGGAAACUGGAGUUCUGGGAGGUGAAGGUCAAGGGCAGAGCUUUCCUUUACAGACAGGUGCGGAGGAUGGUCGGGGCUCUGGUGGCCGUGGGCCAGGGGAAGCUCUCCCCUCAGCACAUCCAGGAGCUGCUGGAGCUGAAGGACUCCCGAGCUUUCCCCCCUCACGCCAUGGCCCCGCCCUGGGGGCUCUUCCUCAAAUCCGUGGAGUACGGCCAGGCAGAUGUGGCCCCGGCGGAGGAGGAGCCGUGCGGCUGAGCGGGGACGAUUCCUGUGCCCGCGGGAGCUGAGGGACGCGGCCCGGCCUCAGGAAGAGCCUCCGGCGGCGGGAGCUGCCAGGGCAGCAGGAAAAUAAACAACAUUUUGUGCUGCUCUUUUCUCCUGGCUCCUCUCGGAGGCUCUGCCGCCUCGCAGGGGAAGGAUGGGGCUGGCUGGGUUGGGUAUUUUAUUUUUUUUUAUAAUUUUUUUUUUAUACUUUGGGGCGGUUUUUCUUCCUGUGGUGUGGGAGGAAGGCAGGCUGAGAGCAGAGGAGAAAAUGGCAGCGU